AUGAGUAACAAAAUUGAUAUUGAAGAUAUAGCUAAAUUAUUCAAGAGCGAAUUCAAUACUUUUAAACAAGAACUAAAGAUUGAAUUAAACAAAUCUAUUGAAGAACGCUUGCAAAAAAAUAAGGAAGAAAUUGUAAAGGAGGUUAGCAAAAGUCUUGAGCAAGCCAACAAUAAAAUAGAAGAAUUGAAGCUGGAAGUUGCCACUUUGAAAGCAAACCUGGAAGAAACAGUAAAAGAGAAAGAAACGGAGAAAGAACUAAACGAUAUCAAAUCACGCAGAAACAAUAUAAUCAUUGGGAAUAUAAAGGAGCAAGUAGGAGAAAACGUGCCGGAGGUAGUAAUUUCAUUUAUUAAAGACACGCUUAAAGUUCCUACAACGGUUGCUGACUUGAAUUACGCCAAACGUUUAGGACGUCAAAGCAAUAGUGCUGAGAAAAGCAGACCUAUUCUCUUCAGUUUCGUAUCGUUGUUGCAAAAACAGAAAAUACUUGACAACAAGAAACUGAUAGAAGGAAGUCUGUAUUACAUCAAAGGGGAUUACACAUACAAACAAAGAACCAAACGUGCUGAACUGAUAAAAGUUAAAAAGAACUUAAAGCAAGAAGGUAAAAAGGUGGAUUUGAGACAAGGCAAACUCAUUGUAGAAGCAUUAUCUGGAGCUGGUUCUAGAACAACACAAAACGUAGAUAUACAAAAGAGAAACAGGUCUUCUGACGAUUCUGAAUUCCCGGAAGCUGAGCUUAAAAAACAAAAAAACAAAAAAGACAAAUUAUUAAAGUCGAAUAAAACAGAUAAAGUAAUAAAUCUAAGCGAAGUUUUUAAGGAUACAUAG